GUUGCGUUUUAAAUUAUUUCACAAUCAUAAACAUAAGUGCAAAUCUUCUUUUAUUAACACUUUUCCGUGAAUUUUAAAAUACUACAAUUCAAUGUACUGAUGCGCAGCAACACUAUUGACCGUUAUCGAACUAUCGAUAGCGUUAUACCAUAAUAUUGUCCCCGCACCGAGACGCGAAAUUGUCAAACAAAUUCGGUUGCAUCGUGAUAUGGCCGAUACAAAAUCAGGCCGAUACGCGAGCAGUAGUGCUGCUAUAUCUCCUCUGGUGCAGGGACCCGAGAAUCUAGAAUGCAAAAACUUUCAGGAAUACCUGCGCACACGACAAACACCGGAGACAUUAGAGAAAUUCUAUCAUUAUCCGCCCAUUUGUUUGGCCGUCUUCCGAGAGUUGCCGGAGAUUGCACGACAAUUCGUAAUACGCAUACUAUUCAUCGAUCAGCCAGUGCCACAGGCUGUGGUCAGUUCAUGGGGCGCUCAAAAGUUUGCCAAGGAACAAGCUGAGGCUACCAGCUGCCUAAGUGCAUUGAAUGUCUGGCGAGUCACGGCCAUACCAGGUGGCCUGGCUGCCUGGGAACUGUCGCCCACAUUUAAGAAGAGCGUGCGUCAAGCGCUGAUGGGUGGCGGCAAACCAUGGCCCAUGACUAACACGCUAGACAAGGAUUCCAAACCGCGUGAUAUACCGUUUCUCGACUCGUAUGCCAUGUCCCGUUGGCGCUGCGUCCUCCACUAUAUGGUGGGCACCGGCGGACGCAAUGGGGGCUCCGAUGCCGAGGCCAUUAGCCCAGAUGCUGUGCGCAUUUUGCUGCAUGCGAAUCUAAUGAAGCGCGAUGAACGCGGUGGCAUUUCUAUCACGCGGCAGGGAUUUCAGUUCUUGCUGCUGGAUACACGAGCACAGGUCUGGCACUUUAUGUUGCAGUAUUUGGAGACAUGCGAGGAACGCGGCAUCUCGCUGCCUGAAUGCCUGUCGAUGCUGUUCCAGCUUAGUUUUGCGACACUGGGACGCGAUUAUAGCUCGGAGGGCAUGAGCAAUCAAAUGCUCACAUUUCUACAGCAUUUGCGUGAAUUUGGUUUGGUCUAUCAGCGCAAGCGCAAGGAGUGCCGCUUCUAUCCCACCCGUCUGGCUCUGAAUGUGACCAACAAGGAUGCGGCCACAGCGACUACGGCAGCGGAUGAAGAGCGCAUGCAGGAGCGCGGCUACAUUGUAGUGGAAACCAACUAUCGCGUCUAUGCGUACACAGACUCACAGCUGCAGGUGGCUGUGCUGGGGCUGUUCACCGAGUUGCUCUAUCGUUUCCCCAAUCUGGUGGUCGGCGUGCUGACACGUGAUGCAGUGCGUCAGGCGCUGCGCGGCGGCAUUACGGCCGAACAGAUUGUCAGCUAUCUGGAGCAGUAUGCGCAUCCCAAUAUGAAGCUGGUCGAGUCUGCUAUCCAAUCGAAAUCCUGCCUACCGCCCACCGUUGUGGAUCAAAUCAAAUUGUGGGAAAUGGAACGCAAUCGUUUCACCUAUACCGAGGGCGUUGUCUACAAUCAGUUUCUAUCACAAAACGAUUUUGUCACGCUGCGCGAUUAUGCGCAAUCCAUCAAUAUGUUGGUAUGGCAAAAUGAACGCACACGCACCAUGGUUGUGCAGAAGAAUGGACACGACGAUGUCAAGCGCUAUUGGAAGAAGUACUCAAAAUAAGUCGGCUGGUUAAGCGUUCCAUUUCCCUCAUAUUUCCCUAUUUUUAGUUAUAUCAUUUAAAACAAUAAGUUUAAAAGUGAGUCUAAUGUUUGACCUUUGCAAGAGACAAUUAAUUGUGUUGAGUUAAGUCGACUCUAGGCUGCAAAUCGUAAUAAAAUGGCACAGUUCCAUAUUGAACCAUAUUCUGGAG